AUGGGCGGCAUGGUGGGAGGAGCGGCGGCGGCGGCGACGGCUAGCAACGCGACCUCGCAGACGAACCCCGUCCAGCAGGUCUGCGCCAUUCCCGGGAUGCAGCCCACGGUCACGGGCGGUGCAACCUCGUCGAAAUCCCCGAAGUCCUCGCCGAAGUCAUCGCCGAAGUCGACUCCCAAGGAAAAGAAAGCCUCUCCGAAGCCCAAGGAAACGCCCACGCCCUCGCCCUCGCCUACGCCCACGCCAGCGCCCUGGACCGCCCCCUGGCCCUCCGCUCCGCCUAUCUUCAUCCAUCCGGUCUCCCCCCAUGCCCCCCACGCCCCCCACGCCCCCUACGCCCCCUACAGCAUGGCGCCCCAGCUCUCGAGGUCGACUCCCGCUAUGUCGCCCCAGGUCCCGUCCUGCCCCCCGUCCCACGCCCUGGAGCCGUUCGCGCCCAUGCAUAACCCGGGGUACCUUGGACAGCCGCCGCCGCCCGCAUGGGGAGCUCCUGCAGGUAUUGGCAGUCAUUAUCCCUACGAUCAGCAACCACACUCAUUUUAG